AUGGGUGUCUUCACUUAUGAAUCUGAGUUCACCUCUGUCAUCCCACCGGGUAGGCUGUUCAAGGCCUUUGUCCUUGACACCGACAACCUCAUCCCCAAGAUUGCUCCCCAAGCAGUUAAGAGUGCCGAGAUUCUUGAAGGUGAUGGAGGAGUUGGAACUAUCAAGAAGAUCAAUCUCGGUGAAGGAAGUGAAUACAGCUAUGUGAAGCAUCAGAUUGACGGAAUUGACAGAGAGAACUUUGUGUACAAGUACAGCAUGAUCGAAGGAGAUGCUAUCUCAGACAAAAUUGAGAAGAUCUCCUACGAGACUAAGUUGGUGGCAUCUUCCGAUGGAGGCUCCUUCAGUAAGAGCACCAGCAACUACCACACCAAGGGUGACGUUGAGAUCAAGGAAGAGCAUGUCAAGGCCGGAAAAAAAAGAGCCGCUGGUCUAUUCAAGAUCAUUGAGAGUCACCUUCUAUCCAACCCUGAGGCCUACAAUUAA